AGGAAAAAAAUGCAUAAACUCUGAGUCCAAAACUUUUACUAUAUAAAUCAACCUUACCAAUUACCAUCUCUCAAACAACACAACUUAAUUUUUUAGCAAACAACACUAUGAAAAGCAAUCUUUUGUUCUUAUCCCUUUUUCUUUCACUUCUUGUACUUCUUCCAAUUCUAACUUCUAGCCAAAAACAUGCAUGUAAUAAGGCCUCUCCUAAAACUAGUAACUUCCCAUUUUGCGACACCACCUUAUCUUAUGAAGCCAGGGCCAAGGACUUGGUGUCACGGUUAACACUCCAAGAAAAGGCACAGCAAUUAGUAAACCCUUCUUCCGGUAUUGCAAGACUCGGUGUUCCUUCUUAUGAAUGGUGGUCGGAGGCGCUUCACGGUGUCUCCAAUUUAGGACCGGGGACACGUUUUAACAGAACAGUGCCCGGCGCCACUAGCUUCCCAGCAGUGAUUCUAUCAGCUGCAAGCUUCAAUGCAACUCUAUGGUACAAUAUGGGACAGGUUGUGUCAACUGAGGCAAGAGCUAUGUACAAUGUGGACUUGGCUGGUUUAACAUUUUGGAGUCCUAAUGUGAAUGUGUUCCGCGACCCGAGAUGGGGGCGUGGCCAGGAAACUCCAGGGGAGGAUCCAUUGGUGGUGUCUAGAUAUGCUGUGAAGUAUGUUCGUGGGUUACAAGAUGUGGAAGAUGAAGAAAGUAUUAAAGCUGAUAGGCUUAAGGUUUCAAGCUGUUGUAAGCAUUACACUGCUUAUGAUGUUGAUAACUGGAAAGGCGUUGAUCGCUUCCAUUUUGAUGCAAAGGUGACCAAGCAAGACUUGGAGGAUACUUAUCAGCCUCCAUUUAAGAGCUGUGUGGUGGAGGGGCAUGUUAGCAGUGUCAUGUGUUCUUAUAAUAGGGUGAAUGGAAUUCCUACAUGUGCUGAUCCAGACCUCCUCAAAGGGGUGAUCAGAGGCCAGUGGGGUCUAGAUGGAUAUAUUGUUUCAGAUUGUGAUUCAGUGCAAGUAUAUUACGAGUCAAUUCAUUACACUGCAACUCCUGAAGAUGCAGUGGCUCUUGCACUGAAAGCAGGUUUAAACAUGAACUGUGGAGACUAUCUAAGAAAAUACACUGCAAAUGCAGUGAAGUUGAAAAAAGUAGAUGUAUCUACAGUAGACCAGGCCUUGGUGUACAACUACAUAGUCCUAAUGAGAUUAGGCUUCUUUGAUAACCCCAAGUCACUUCCAUUUGCAAAUCUUGGACCAUCUGAUGUAUGUACUAAAGAAAAUCAACUAUUGGCCCUAGAAGCUGCAAAGCAAGGAAUAGUUUUGUUGGAAAAUAGUGGGGUUCUUCCCUUAUCCAAGACUAACAUAAAAAAUUUGGCUGUGAUUGGACCAAAUGCAAAUGCCACCACAGUUAUGAUCAGCAACUAUGCUGGUAUACCUUGCAGAUACACUAGCCCUUUACAAGGACUACAGAAGUACAUUUCUUCUGUGACUUAUGCACCUGGUUGUGGCAAUGUUAAAUGUGGUGAUCAGAGUCUAUUUGCAGCGGCAACCAAGGCUGCAGCACCUGCUGAUGCAGUGGUUCUAGUUGUGGGAUUAGACCAGUCUAUUGAAGCUGAGGGUCUGGACAGAGUGAACCUGACAUUACCUGGAUUUCAAGAGAAGCUGGUGAAAGAUGUUGCUGAUGCUACUAAAGGGAAAGUGAUUUUGGUCAUAAUGGCAGCUGGUCCAAUUGACAUUUCUUUCACUAAAAGUAUCAGAAACAUUGGGGGGAUACUGUGGGUAGGGUAUCCUGGUCAAGCUGGUGGGGAUGCCAUAGCCCAAGUGAUAUUUGGAGAAUACAACCCAGGUGGAAGGUCCCCUUUUACAUGGUAUCCACAAUCUUAUGCUGAUCAAGUGCCUAUGACAGACAUGAACAUGAGAGCCAACAGCAGUAGAAAUUUCCCUGGAAGGACCUACAGGUUUUACAAUGGAAACUCCCUCUAUGAAUUUGGCCAUGGAUUAAGCUACUCCACAUUUUCCACCUACAUUGCAUCUGCUCCCUCCACCAUAAUGAUUGAGCCGAACACAUCCAUGUCUCAACCUCAUAAUAAUAUCUUUGAGUCUCUAUCUGAUGGUCAAGCAAUUGAUAUUUCCACCAUAAGUUGCUUGGAUUUGACAUUUUUUCUUGUCAUCGGUGUGAAGAACACUGGACCAUUUAAUGGUUCCCAUGUGGUGUUGGUGUUCUGGGAGCCACCAACUUCAGAGUUGGUGACUGGGGCUCCAAUUAAGCAAUUAAUAGGAUUUGAAAGAGCACAUGUUAUGGUGGGGAUGACAGAGUUUGUGACAUUGGAAAUAGAUAUAUGCCAAUUGCUAAGUAAUGUGGAUAGUGAUGGGAAAAGAAAGCUGAUCAUUGGAAAGCACACCCUUUUGGUUGGCUCUUCCAGUGAGACACAGGUUAGGCACCAAAUUGAUAUUAGUCUUUCAGGGAAUGGGAUGGAGAAGAAGAUUUCAAUGGAAGGUUUGAUUCCAUAUCUUAUUCAUGUGAUCAAGAAGCAAAAGCCUCAUCACCGCAGCUUCAACAGGAGCGUCUCCCAUUCUGAGAGCUCAAACCGCAGCUACCAUUUGCUAAUGGAAUCCACUGACUCCUUCUCAGGUUCCUCUCACAGAAGAACCAGGUCUGAUUUCCAGCCAAACGCAUCUGAGUUCUUAGAGCAGAGAUAUGGUGCUGAUGGAUUUUUGGUUAACCCCAGGGGCCCUGCAACAGUGGCUGCUGCUUUCUCUGCCAAUCCUACUACUGCUUCUUAUGCUGUCCAACCCUCUAAUAACUUCAACAACAUUCGCAAUCGCAAGUGAUGAAGCAUCAUUGGGGAUGCUCAAUUUUCCAUUCUUUUUAAAAAUAUUUUGGGACUAUUAGAUGUUAUAUGUGUAUUCUAAGGUUUGAUUCAUUUGUUUAAGAUGAUGGGUGAUUCAUUUGUAAUUCAAGUGUGUAUAAUUCUUAUCUUGUAAGCUAACUCUUGGGGAUUAACUCUCCAAAGAUUUUAAGAGAAAUAUUGCUCUUUUCUUCAAAUAAAAAUCAAUAUUGAAAAAUCAGCAUAAUUUUUUUUUCA